AUGUCAGAACAAUUUGGUGACGAAUCUAUUGAUCUUGCCAAGAAUGACAUAAAAGACGAAGAUGUAGAUAUGGAUAGUGAUGCAAACGAACAUCCAAAUCAAGAUUCUGUGAAAAAUCCUGCCACGUCUCAUGUUACUAUUCAACUCUCCCAAGGAUUGCAUUCAAAUCAGCAAAAGAUGGAAGAAUUAAUUGCCCAUCUUUCACAAUCUGGUCAGCUAAAGGAUGAUCGCAAAAUAACAAUUGAAGUUAAAGAUAACGAUGAUAAAGAUGAUGAAAAGCAACAGGAUAAAAGUCCUAUUGAUAUCUUAUCCCACCAGUCCUCUAUCACUGUUAAAACUUCGCAGCAGCCUGUUCACUCAAUCAAGUAUGUUACGGUACAGCAAACUGCCUCUACUCCUUCAACUUCUACUCAGAAGUCAACUUUUAUAAGAACAGCCAACGGACCAGUUCAGCUAAAGGGUGAUUUGAGUGGCCAAUCUGUAUCAGUGCAAGGCCACGGAGACGGUAAAUCCCCCGCGACUUAUCAGAUUCUCACAUCAAAUAAUAGUCAGCAAAUACAGACCACGAGCAAUUCCCAACAGCCUGCGUAUAUCUUAAUUCCAGCCUCCCAACAGGCACAGCAAAUCAAUGUUGCUCCAUUGAAUUCUUUGGCCUCAACCCCUAUUCGCGUUGUUAACCAGGGUGGCCAACAUAUAAUACUGCAACAGACAAAUACAACCUUUGCAACCUCAACACCAAUAAGCAGCUUCUCCUUGAAAACAGCUAGUAUGGUGAAAGGAGAGCGUAAUGUGGUUGUCCUUCAACAGCAACAUCAAAAUCCAGUACCUAUUGUACCUGUGCGUUCCUUUAGUCAAACUCAUAAUAAUCGCCUCCCUCCUGCUCCACCUUCUAUAGCAGCUGCUGCAACUUCUGCAAAUUUCUCACCCAAUACAACUUCAUCGUCCGUUCGCGUCUCCCGUGGUGGCAACCUGAACUCAACUGCUAAGGAGUCGUCAUGGCAGCAAUACGUGAAGCAAUUUGAGAAACUCGGUCCGUGUCCGAUCUGUGGUGAUAAGAUAUCGGGUUACCACUAUGGGAUAUUCUGUUGUGAGUCCUGCAAGGGGUUCUUCAAGCGCACAGUGCAGAAUUCAAAGCGCUAUGCCUGUCAUAUGGCCACCCCGGCCUCAUUGUGCGAAAUUACGGCAACUUCGCGCAAAAAAUGUCCCGCUUGUCGUUUUGUCAAGUGUUUAGAAAAGGGGAUGCGUAUGGAAGGUUCGUUGGUUUAUCCCUUUACCGUUUACCUGGCUUUAGUUUGGACUGUUGUUGCCUUUGUCUACGAGAUAUUAUUACGUUUCAUAGACUGUUCAGUAUAUAAUAAUAUUAACAUAUUGUCGUCGUCAUGUGACUCUGUAGCCAUUCGUACGGACAGAACUCGUGGUGGUCGCAGCAUGUAUCCCGGGUCGCGUUACCUUCGUCAGCUAGCAGCAAGAGCCUCGGGCAGUGCCAGUGAUCUGAAAGGGGAUGCCAAGUCGACCAUCUCGUCUGCCACUUCCGCAAGUCUUCCUAACAUUGCCCCACUUCCUAACAACUCAAGUGGUACCGGGAUUACUUCAACUACUGCCGUCUCUGCCUCUGGUAGCUUCCCAUCCUUUGGCAAACUUGAGACUGGACCGGGCAGUGUUCAUAUCAUGUCCAUUGGUGGAAAUGUGACAGCCACUUAUGAGAUACCUGCAUCGGAAGAUGUUGGAGGUGGGGUUUACUUGGAUCCCGCGGUCCUCGAAGAUCCUGCCGGUGGUAAUGGACAAUCUUCGACCAACUUCCAGUAUGACACGGUCUAUCGAUUGCCGUCAAGAGCACAGGAAGUUACCGAUUUGCCUCAGGUUCUAAGGGAAAUCCUUAAAGUUGAGGAGGACAUAGAGGGCGAACCGGAGGAGAAAUUAGAUUUUGAAAACACCGACGACAUCCAAACAGGAACUGGAAUCUUGCCUCCUAACGUCACAACGGAAGAGGCCGCAGUGUACCGUGCUUUGCUUAAUUUGGCUGACCAACGUCUCUAUCGCAUAGUCAGAUGGUCCCGUGGUCUGCCCGUAUUCAGCAAUCUCGAUACGGAUGAUCAAAUUCUACUUCUGCAAAACUGUUGGGCUGAUUUGCUUUGUCUUGACUGUUGUUGGAAAUCACUUCCGACGCCUUCGGAGAUUCGUCUGACUUCAACUAAGUGCAUCAACUUGGAAGCCGCGCGAGAAAUGGGUGCGGAAGCCCUUGUUGAUAAUUUACUGCGCCUGACCCAAGAUCUAAAGCGUUUACGUUUCUCAAUGUUGGACUUCGCAUGUCUCAAAGUGUGUCUCCUCAUGCAGCCUGGAUUAGCUAAUCUCAAAGCUGUUAAUGAAGUCAAACAAUUCCAGCAGUGUGUUAAUCAACUUCUGAUGAACUAUCUCAAUGAAAGAAACGCAGAUAUACCAAAUAAGUUCGGUGAACUGUUUGUACGUGUUCCUGAUCUCCAACGUACCAGUACGAUUGCUAGAGAGCUCCUAGUCGACAAGGAUCUUUCACCAUACCUUUCUGCCAACUCGCUACUUAUGGAACUCCUUCGCAGCGAUUUCCAUAGACAACCGUCGGGCGGCGUUGCUAUGGAUACAAGCGGGCAAGUAGCUACCACUUUCUUGGCUGGUAAUCAAGGAAGAAAUGAUGAGCAGGCACCCGGGGAACGUCAUCGAGUUUUCCAAACCGGUGACUCUUCAGAGGCGACCAAUGCAUACUCCGCCAACGGUCCACUAUGA